AUGGCCAUUGAAGACACACAGCCGAAAAGAGCAGAAGAAGAUGUCGAGGAAGACGACGAUGAUGACGAGCCUGACGAGUGGGAUCAAAGAAUUAAUAAGACAGGUUGUGCUGAUGAAAAUUUGAAGUUACAACUGUGUCAUGCUGACACUGGAGAUUGGAGACAAUGCACAAAAGAAAAAAUCCAUCUUCACGAAGAAACCACAGAUCAACCCAAACAAAGUCAAUCUUUAAUCUCAAUUGUUUCAAAAAUGUCUACCGAAGAACGCCCAAGAGUCUUCUUUGAUAUCUCAAUUGGCGGUGAGCCAAAAGGAAGAGCAGUCUUCGAACUAUUCACUGAUAUCGUUCCUAAAACUGCUGAAAACUUUCGUGCACUAGCAACUGGUGAAAAAGGUGUUGGUAAUGCAGGUGUUCCAUUAUCUUUCAAAGGCUCUAAAUUCCACCGUGUUAUCAAAGACUUCAUGAUCCAAGGUGGUGAUUUCACAGCUGGUAAUGGUACAGGUGGUGAAUCAAUCUAUGGUGAGAAAUUUGAAGACGAAAACUUUACUGUGCUACAUGAAAAACCUUUCCUACUAUCCAUGGCUAAUGCUGGUCCAAACACAAAUGGUUCACAAUUCUUUGUCACAACUGUUCCAACUCCACAUUUAAACGGUAAACAUGUUGUCUUUGGUAGAUUACUAAGUGGUAAAUCAGUCAUUAGAGCGGUUGAAAGAACAGCAACAGAUCAAGGUGAUAAGCCAUUAAAAGAUGUUGAAAUUGUCGAUUGUGGUGAAUUACCAAGUGACUAUGUUAUUGAACCAAGUGUGCCAAAAGAUGAUGGUACCGGUGAUAUUUAUGAAGAAGUUCUGGCUGAUAAUGACAAUGUGGAUGUUAAUGAUCCUGAAAGUGUCUUCAAGGCUAUAAAUGAAUUGAAAGAUAUUGGUACUAAAUUGUUUAAAGAGAAAGACUUGACAAAAGCAUUCCAGAAAUACUCAAAGGCUGCUAGUUAUCUAGAAGAAUAUUUCCCAGAUGAUUUGAGUGAAGAAAAUUUGGAUCAAUUAAACAAAUUGAAAGUUUCUGUUAAUUUAAAUGUUGCCCUAGUUGGGUUAAAGAUUAACAAAUUUGAUGAAACUGUUAAAGCUGCCACAACUGUCCUUGAGCAAGACAAAGUUGAUGAUAAAUCUAAAGCUAAAGCACUCUAUCGUCGUGGUUCAGCAUACUUGAGUCUUAAGAAUGAGGAAAAAGCUCUCAAAGAUUUGAACGAAGCUUUGAAAUUAUCACCAUCUGAUGGUGCCAUUAUCAAAGCCAUCAACGAUGUCAAGAAAAUAGAACAAGACCGUAUUGCUAGGGAGAAAAAAGCCUUCAGCAAAAUGUUUAAAUAGAGUAAUAAAGCACAAUAAACAAUAAUUAGAAAGCUUUAAAGUGGUUAUCCUUUUCUUAGUUCAAGAUGCUUUAAAAUUGUAAACAAAAACUCAAAUCUAAUCUCCGUGCGUAAAGUUGAGACCGCGAGUAAAAACAGGUCCGAAGUGUUCGUUGUUGUGGAAAAGUUGAAAAAAUACUGAAAAAUCAAAUCCAAACGGGGGCAAAACAAAUAGUCUUAAAUCAAAACAAAGGACAAACAAACAACAUCAAAUUUAUCAAAAGCUGUUAUAAUUUUUUGCAUCAAAGAUAGAGUCAUUUGAGAGGAGUAUUUUCAUAUAUUUGUUUUAUUGACUUGGGUUAUUUUUGAGUAGAAAUUAUUGGUUCAAAUUUGAGUGAUAAUCGUCAAACAAUCAAAUUAUCUGCACUCAUUCAAUUGCUGUUGCUGAUUUUAUUAUCCUAUUUUCAAUAGAAGUGAAAAAAGACCGGUUUUUAUAGCCCCUUACUUUUCACCAGUUAG